ACCAAAAUAAUCUUCAAAAAAAAAAAAAAAAAAGAAAUUGUUCUUUUUUAAGCUUUGGAGUUUGCCAUUAUCAUUAUUAUUAUUAAUUAAUAUUGUUCUCAUUUUUUUUAGAUCGAGAGAGAGAAAAGGAUGGCGAAUAGCCUCUUCUCUCUCGUAAUAUUGGUUAGCUUCCUCUUUCUCGGCUGCAGCUAUGGGCAGUCGCCGGCGGAAGCCCCGGGGCCGCCGCCGCCGAUGAAUAUCACAAAAAUAUUGGAAAAGGGUGGCCAAUUUAAUAUUCUAAUAAGGCUUUUGAAGAGCACUCAAGUUGCGAACCAAAUCGACACUCAGCUCAAUGACUCCAAUUCUGAACUCACCAUUUUUGCUCCAACUGAUAAUGCUUUCUCCAACCUUCAAUCUGGCACACUCAACUCCCUCAAUGACCAAGAAAAAGUAGAGCUUCUCCAAUUCCACAUGAUCCCUACUUUCUUGUCUCUGUCAAACUUCCAAACUAUCAGCAAUCCGGUGAGAACUCAGGCCGGCGACGCCUAUGAGUUCCCUCUCAAUGUCACCACCUCCGGCAACUCCGUCAACGUCUCCUCGGGCCUCGUCAACACUUCCAUCUCCGGCACUGUCUACACCGACAACCAGCUCGCGGUCUAUCAGAUCGACUCCGUCCUCAAGCCAAUCGGCGUCUUCCAGCCUCGCCCCCCACCCCCAGCUCCUGCGCCGGAGAAGUCCAAGAAGAAGGCCAAAGCCAUUUCUGAGAGCCCCAAGAAUUCAGCCGAUGACAACUCCUCCGCUGUGCCUCUCGCCGGGAUGUCGUCGGUCUUCUCCACCAGAGCUGCGGUGGUCGUCGGAAUAAUGUUGGUGUGGAUAAAUUCUUGACCUAAUUUGCUUGGCUGUUUUCUUGGAGAAGUUUCAUCUAUUGUCUUUGAUAUUGGUUUUAUUUUUGUGUAUUAUAAAUUGAUGUUGGAUUGUGUUGCUUUGUUUUAGGGUAUUGUUGUUGAUUUUGUUUCUGUUUUUUUUUUUUAAUCUAAAGUUUGUGUUAAAUUUAUUUGAAGAAUAUUAUCUCAUGUUCUGAGAAAAAGUGUAUAAUAUUUUUAUAUUAAAAAGAUUUUGUUAGCAAAUUUUCAAUUGGAU